UUAGACUGGUCAAGGCGGAAGAAGAUAGCACAAGGUACAGCGAGAGGGCUAGUUUACUUGCAUGAGCAGUGUGAUCCCAAAAUUAUCCAUCGUGAUGUCAAAGCAGCAUACAUUCUGUUGGAUGAAGAAUUUGAGGCAGUAGUUGGUGAUUUUGGAUUGGCAAAGCUCUUGGAUCACUGCGAUUCUCAUGUGACAACUGCUGUUAGGGGCACCAUUGGCCACAUUGCUCCAGAAUAUUUGUCUACUGGCCAAUCGUCUGAAAAAACUGACGUUUUUGGGUUUGGAAUCUUGCUACUUGAGCUGAUUACAGGUCAGAAAGCUAUGGACUUUGGUCGAGGGGCCAACCAGAAAGGUGUUGUUAUGCUUGAUUGGGUGCGUCUCUUUCUCUUUCUGUGGAUGUUGUAGUGAGUACUUUUUGAAAUAUGUAGAGUUGUGCAUCUCUCUCUUUCUCAUAGCUGUUUCCUUUUCAGUUAUAAGGAGUUGUUGGUUGAAAUAGCUAGUGCCUAGUGGUGUGUAUAUUAUGACAUUUCAAUUGAGUCGUAACUUUAUGAUAUGUA